UACAUAGGGCGGAGUACGGCGUGUCCUUGGGCUCAGACGCCGGACGGUGCGGGAGUUACGGGGGUUGUGGUCACCGCCGUGGGCGCAGCGUCAGCGGGGCGGCCAGCCAGGCAGUACUAAAAAUGGGAGAUAUUGAGAAGGGCAAGAAGAUCUUUGUCCAGAAAUGUUCUCAGUGCCAUACAGUCGAAAAGGGAGGCAAGCACAAGACUGGACCCAACCUGAAUGGCCUGUUUGGACGCAAGACUGGACAAGCUGAGGGGUUCUCUUACACGGAUGCUAAUAAGAAUAAAGGUAUCACCUGGGGUGAGGAUACUCUGAUGGAGUAUUUGGAAAAUCCAAAGAAGUAUAUCCCAGGAACAAAGAUGAUUUUUGCGGGUAUUAAGAAGAAGUCUGAGAGGGCAGACUUAAUAGCAUACCUCAAAGAGGCCACUUCAAAGUAAAAGUUGUCUGCUGCCUUAUUUAUUUCACAAAGGAAAUGGCAAUGGAAAUGUCUGUGAUGAGAUUGGUUUUUAAACUUUCUAUUUUUACAUGUACUGUGUCUAACCUUAAAAUCUGUCUCACCCAUCAGAUAACGUUGCUCACGGUGGGUCACUGGAGUACAUGCUUGUUUGGCAGCCAUUAACUUAAUGGAAACUAUGUAAUUGGGUUGAUUCAAAUUACUAUAAUGUUCAGUCAUACUUGUUCAUAGAAUUAAAAAAAUAAAUAAACAUUUCCUGCCUCUUCAUUGUUUAAAAAAAAAAAUCUAUAAAUAAUCAAUUGAGUAAUUGUCAGCAGCAUAAUAGCUUUGACAGCCCAACUCUUCCAGAUUAAAAAGCAGGGUGGUUUUUGGCAUCUUCCACCAUACAUCUUCUUUUACAUUACUUUAAAGUUUUAAAAAAAAACCAAAACGACAAAGGCAAAAAAAAAAAGAUAAUAUUUUUCUAAGUUUAAUCAGUGCUAGGUGUUGUGGUAUAUAUUGAUCUGUCUAAAGCUUGCAAUAAAAAUGCAUUUCAUCUGACUUAAAUCCUAUUUGUGAAAUGGCAGUUGUGCCCAGCCACUUUUCUUUUAUCUAGGGGAAGCAUGUUACCUAAUUUAUCCAGACUUGACAGCGGCAUGCACCAGUAGAGUAUAACUCCCCUUCAGAAACAUCUUCAGUUUUUUAAAUGUUACUGAAACCCUUUGUUCAGUAAAUCUUCUGAAAACAGCCCUUCUUAGUGUAAUGAAUAGAACAGAGAAACUUCCUGUUCUGGACGUACAAGUGCCAAAGACCAAGUUGAGAGUUGUUAAAUCUUCCUAAUUUAGCAGAAGCGUUCACCUAAAAUCUACUGUUACAGGCAAUUUCAGAUGAAGGGGUAGAGGAAUGAAUGCACUGGUAGACUAAAGGGAAACAGUCUUUCUCUGUGCCUGGCUGUAGCCAAUGUCAUUACUUCUGAAGGUUCUGUUUUGCAGUGUAAAGUGGUAUUUUUAAUGUUUUAACUGCAUUUUUUUUCAUACUAAGUUAAUUGUUCAGAUGAAUGUAUUUACUGUGUACCAACAGUAAGCCAUAACUCAGUAAUCAAUACUGUAAAUUAAAAAAAUUUAAAGUCUU